ACGUAUUCUGUUCAGCUUCUUACCUGCAAAGAAGAACAACCUGUCAGACUCUUUCAGGCUGAUCCACUGUUUGCACACACUGGCAGCCUGUUGAUCAUCUGUGCUGUGAUGGGAAAUUAGAGAUGUGUGCCAGUAGAAAUGUGUUAACAUGCUGAUUUCUUACAUGAACUCGUAAGCUCGCCUCAGUCCGGCUCCAUGUUCCAGUAAACUUAAUGUGAUAUUUUGUGUGAGCUGGACUGUGGGGAGCAGAACUCGACCCAGCACCCAGCGUAGGUUCUGAUAAAUAUUUGGCUCUUGUAAUCUCUGUUUUCCAAGCAGAGCUAAAAAUGGAUGAAACUAUCGAUAACAUUCAGCUGCUCUGGUUAUGCUGAGACUGCUCAACGCUGAGCUCCAUUGAGAACAGGUUUAAAGAGAUUGAAUGCCUUCUGCUGAGGCAGGGCAUCCGCCGACCUCUCUUUACAUGCCCUCUGCUGCAGCCCGCUGGCCUUUGUGUCACCCAACAAUGAUGGCACCGUUAGCACCACGGCCAAGAGGACAGAUCAUUGUUCGCUUCAGCCAAUGGGAGAGCAACAGAUAGACGUUUAUGUGAUGUGUGAGUCUCUGUGCAUAUGUGUGUAUGUGCAAAGGUGAAUGCAUGCGGAGUGAAUGUCUACUCUGUGACGAAGGGAAGGGAGGACGUCACACAAAGAAAGAACCAAUCAGGCAUCAGCUGUUUGGAUUUAUGCCAGGGUUUGUAGGCUCGUAAGACUUUGGUACAAGUGGCAAAAGCCAGUUUUUAAAAAAACAAACAAAAAAAAGUCAGCUGAGACGAGAUGCCCUACGCACCGGCUGGCUUUUUCUGUGACCGGUUGAUCCGGGAACGAGAGAGGAGAGACGGGGAAGGGUCCCUGAACAAGCCCCUCCGCUUCAACGGCCAGGACUACAACGUCCUGAAACAGGAGUACCACAAGAAGAAGACCCUGUUCGAGGAUGAGUCCUUCCCGGCCACCGUGGAGUCUCUGGGCUUCAAGGAGCUCGGACACAAGUCCAACAAAGUCAAGAACAUCGUGUGGAAGAGGCCCAAGGAGAUCUGUGAGAACCCUCAGUUCAUUGUUGGAGGAGCCAGCAGGACAGAUAUCUGCCAGGGAGAUCUCGGUGACUGCUGGUUGUUGGCUGCCAUCGCCUGUCUCACCUUGAACGAGAAGCUUCUGUACCGUGUCGUCCCCCAGGAGCAAAGCUUCUCAGAGGCCUACAGCGGCAUCUUCCACUUCCAGUUCUGGCGUUAUGGCGACUGGGUCGACGUCGUCAUUGACGACCGCAUCCCGACCUUCAACAACCAGCUGGUCUUCACCAAGUCCGCUGAGAGGAACGAGUUCUGGAGCGCCCUGCUGGAGAAGGCCUACGCCAAGCUGCACGGCUCCUACGAGGCCCUCAAGGGUGGAAACACCACCGAGGCCAUGGAGGACUUCACCGGGGGAGUCACGGAGUUCUACGAGAUGAAGGAGGCUCCCAAACAGCUCUACAACAUCAUGAAGAAAGCUGUGGCUCGGGGCUCCCUCAUGGGAUGCUCCAUUGAUUCUCUGGUUCCCGCUCGCUUCGAGACUCGUACCACGACAGGACUGGUGAAGGGUCACGCCUACUCUGUGACGGCCGUGGAGGAGUGCAAAGCAUCUCAGCAAAAGGAGACCAAAGUCCGUCUGGUGCGUCUCAGGAACCCGUGGGGUCAGGUGGAAUGGAACGGGUCCUGGAGUGACAACUCGAAGGAGUGGGCCACACUUGCUAAGGGUGAAAAAGAGAAGCUGCAGCACCAGAGUGCCGAGGACGGAGAGUUCUGGAUGUCAUUCGAGGACUUCAAGAAGAACUACACCAAGAUCGAGAUCUGUAACCUCACCCCCGACGCCCUGGAGGACGACAAGCUCCACAAGUGGACGGUUUCCGUGAACGAAGGUCGCUGGGUCAGAGGCUGCUCGGCCGGAGGCUGCAGGAACUAUCCAGAGACUUUCUGGACCAACCCUCAGUACCGCCUGCGUCUGCUGGAGGAGGACGACGACGCCGAGGAGAACGAAGCCGGUUGCACCUUCGUCGUCGCUCUGAUGCAGAAGAACAGGCGGAAAGAGCGCAAGCUGGGAGCCAACCUCUUCACCAUCGGGUUCGCCAUUUAUGAGGUGCCCAAGGAGAUGCACGGGAACAAGCAGCACCUGCAGAAGGACUUCUUCCUGACCAACACCUCCAAGGCUCGCUGCAAGUCCUACAUCAACCUGCGCGAGCUGAGCCAGCGUUUCCGCCUCGCCGCCGGGGAGUACGUCAUCGUCCCCUCCACGUACGAGCCGCACCAGGAGGGAGAGUUCAUCCUGAGAGUCUUCUCUGAGAAGAAGAACACCUCAGAGGAGAUUGAGAACAGGAUCGAGGCCGAUCAUCCAGUGCCGGCACCAGCCUCGGCAGGAGAGGAGAGCGAGGAGGACCAGCACUUCAGGACUAUUUUUCAGGAGAUAGCCGGCGAUGAAAUGGAAAUCACAGCCAACGAACUGAAGAACGUUCUCAACAGAGUGAUCUCCAAACAUAAGGACCUGAACACUGAAGGCUUCAGCCUGGAGUGCUGCAGGAGCAUGAUUGCUCUGAUGGACAUGGACGGCACGGGUCGACUCAACCUUCAGGAGUUCAGACAUCUGUGGAAUAAGAUCAAACAGUGGCAGGGAAUCUUCAAGCACUACAACGCCGACCAGUACGGCAGCAUCAACAGUUACGAGAUGAGGAACGCCGUCAAUGAUGCAGGCUUCCGUCUCAACAACCAGCUGUACGACAUCAUCACCAUGCGCUACGCCAACGAGAGCAUGAACAUCGACUUCGACAGCUUCAUCAGCUGUCUGGUUCGACUGGAGGCCAUGUUCAGGGCGUUCCAGGCCUUCGAUCAGGAUGGAGACGGUACAAUCAGACUCAGUGUCCUGGAGUGGCUCCAGUUGACCAUGUACGCCUGAGAAGGCCCAUCUCCUCUCCACACGAGGACCAGACCUGCCAGCCUUUACCUCAGUAUUCAGUGUGCCCGACCGUCGUUAGCUCUCAUCCACCUCGCCUCCAUCCUCCAUCCUCCAUCCUCCAUCCUCCCCUCGCUCAGCUCUUUCUCCUCUAACACGUUUCAACAUUUCAUCUCUCCAGUUUGACUUCCCUCUCUCGAGGUCUCUGCUCUCGUCCUUCUAUCAUCGGUCAUAUCAGUCUCAGACGCCCUUACAGAAACACUUGUAAGGCUUUUCUCAGGCAUCAACACACACCACCUCUUUUUUUUCUGUCACAAUACCUCACAGCACUCCUUCUUCUUCAUCUCCUUCUCCUUCUUCUUCUUCUUCAUCUUCCACCCUCCAUGUCAUCUUCUGUUGUCAGACUGAGCAGCACGGGCAUUCUCCCUGUAUUCAUCCAUUCAUUGAUCUGGGCUCUCUGGUGAAUGAACCUGUUUAUAUUUCUGAUAAUGCAUCAAACACUUUCUGCAGGAUUUUAUUUUUGUCCUGCUGGAAUUUUUUUGUGUGGGACUCAGGAAUCAGUCGAACGUCACCGGACCGCUCGGACAAACUCAGGCUUCUUUAGUUCAUCUCAGCUCCAGCUGACAGGAAUCAAACCUCCUCCUGACAUCCGUCCGGUGUCCACUCAGCUCUUCACGUGGACGGAUGUGACUCGGGAGCGAAUCAGAGGAGCGGACGAGUUUUUUAACUUUAACAUCCACAUUCGAGGUUCGAGUACGGCUAACGGAUUGGACUACAGCUUUGUUGUGAUUUUUUUCCCAUGAUGGCUUUUGGUCGAAUGAGUGUUCUGCAUUUUUAAUCCAUUUUAACCAAAUAAAUAAAUGUGUAGUUCUUGGUUUGACUGCGUUCACAGUAGAUUUGAUGUGUUUUUUGUUUUUUCUUAAAAAUCAAGACACAGGAAAUAGUUUUAUAAUGUUGCAACAUGUUUUUUUAUUUUUAAACAAUGUUUUAGAUUUUAGCACUUUCUUAGAAAAUAUCUCUUCACAACUUUAAUAACAAACUGAAAAAAAAACUCGAAGAAACUCAGGAAUGCCGGCUCCGAGGUGAGCUGCUGCGCGCUUUUUUUUUUUCCACGGCGGAUGAGGCGAGUUUGGAAGACGGCGGCUGUGAGAACGUCAGAUGAACUCUGCUGAGGACAAAUCCUCAAAAACAAAAAAGAGCUGAAACCACAACAAAGUACGCGAAAGAGCAUCGGCUGGGCUUUUUCGUACGGGUUAAAACAUGUUGAAUACGCCUUUAAAUAUAUAUAUAUUCUUUUAGGGGGUGAGGCAUGGCAUGGGAGAUGAAUCCUAAUUCUUCCCUUCAGGCUCUUCCAUCAAACACCUCCUCGAAACAUCCUUCACCUCCUCACUUUAUUUUGAAAACUGUGGAAAAUCAGCAGCUCCUUCUGCUCGACGCUACAAAUAUAUAAAAAUUCCAAAAAAGACGACAUUCUCUCCGGAGGAGUAAAAACAGUACGUCACACUCGCACUCGUGCAAAACAGGCUCCACCAAAGAGGGUCAAACGUCUCCGUCAACAUUCAGAAGAAUAAACCCGACACGGAUAAACACGAACACACCGUGACCACGUCUUGGUUCUGUUAUCACUGCAAAUGUAAAUCCUCAAAUGGCAACCUGAGGCCAAGUCACACAACACUGCACCAAAAGUCCCUCAACGCUUCAAUAUCAGUGAGCAACAACAACAA